AAGCUAUUGAACUUUCAUCGUAGUUUCUCUUGCCAUAGUCGCAAAGAUUCGCAAUCCCGUGCACGUGGAUAUAUGUACAUCUUGAAGAAAGCGUAUCUAACAAAACUACAUCGGUUAAAAUCGUUAGAAUGAACUAUGCUGAAAAGGCUUUCUUCUCCGAUCCCAGAUGCGACCAGCUUCUUGAAGAAGAAUGCAUCAAAAAAGGCAAAGGAUAUUCAUUCAAAGGAAUGGAUAUUUAUCGAUGUCCACCGAUCUAUGAGGAUCUACUCUGCUCGUCGCAAACCGAUGUAUCAGGAAUUCCGAGCCUGCCCUGUCCACCUGUUUCGAUUUUGCAAUACACCGAUCUGAUGAUUGCGAAUCUGAAAGCACUUGUGAUUUCCAUGAAGAAAUGUUUGCUGAAAGACGUAAAAUGGGAUGUUGACACGAACGAAUUCGUCGUUCGUCAAACUACGAACUUCGAUUUGUGUUAUUUAAAUGAAUUACGUCACAUCAUCAACGGUACUGAGAAUAACACGCAAUGGUACGAAAUGACGGAAGAUUGGAACCUGUUUAAAUGGUCGCCACAUAUUAGGAUAGCAUCGCAAAUUGGAUGUGUCAUUUCGUUAAUUACUCUUAUUAUUGCUAUGAUAGUCUUUUGCUCGCUUGGGAAACUCAGAAAUCCCAGAAGUAAACUGAACAUGCACCUAUUUGUGUGUUUUAUGAUGAAAACAUUGAUGACCAUUUUAAAGGAUUGGAUUUUUAUUGAUGAACUUGGAAUGGCUUGGGACGUCAUAUUUGUCAACGAAUACAGUGCUGUUAUUCACGAACGCAAUAUGUUGAUCACUAAGAUUUUCACAAGUUUGUGGCAAUAUUUCAACGUGGCAAGUUACUUCUGGAUCUCGAUGCAGGGGUUGUAUCUAUAUAGAUUAAUUUUCAAAACGCUAGAUGUCGACACGAGUAAAAUAACUCAUUGUCAGUAUAUCAAAUUAGGCUGGGGGCUUCCCGUCUUAGUACUAGCAAAAUGGAUCAUAGCACAGAAAUAUUUUAAUUACGAUAUCUGUUGGGCUACCAUCUGGCAAAUUACCCCUAUAAGAUUCCUUGCUAUAAAUAUAUCAAUCAUCAUAUUAAUUGUGUGUAAUUUCCUGUUGUUCCUCGCUAUCGUUCUGCUUGUAAAUCUGAAGACAUCAGUGCAUCUGCAAUGGAAAAAGAUGAAAUACAAAGCAUGGGCAAAAGCGACGAUGGUUGUGAUACUACUUUUUGGAAUACACUAUACUUGUUUCUUGGUAUUAUCUUUCUAUCAAGGUUACAAAGGCGAAAACAUCAUGUUAUUCUUUUGCGAUCAGCUAUUUACGUCCUAUCAGGGUGCUCUCGUGGUUUUACUGUAUUGUCUGCUAAACAGCGAAGUCGUAGAAGAAAUGCUACGAGCAUGGAGGACUCGACGAUCAAAGAAGAAGGUCGAUUUAUUGACUGUAUUCGUACUUGAAUCAAACGAAAACAGUAUCGAAGGUGAUGAUGGUACCACUUCACACCGUAAUGAAGAAGUUUUCAACGAAAGAUGUUAAGUAGAUUUUAUAAACUAUUGCGAUGUUGAAUAAAAGUGUAUGUGUUUAGUACUUACAUAAUCUACUUAUAAAAAAUGUUUACUAGUAUAAAGAUAUUAAUGAAAAAGUCAUAUAGAUAACAAUAGAAAAUCUACUCUUAAUAAAAGCAUAUUAAUUCGAUACAUCAAUGUUGUCUGAACAUUCUCGAAGUCUAUCGCUUCUCUUUAUUGUAAAAUGACAAAUUAGUUUUUCAUUGUUAAAUUAGCUUUUUCAUUGUCAACAGCUGUCACAUAAAUCUUCUUGAAAAAAUUACAAUUUAUUUUGAUAAUUAUUCGUCAUUUCCAUAUGCUUAAAAUUGUUAAUAAUGAGAAUAAAUUUGCCGAGCUUUUAUUGUUUCUAAACUUUUUAAGAAUUAGAAAUUAAUUUUUAUAACAAAUUAUAUUGAUUUU